GAAAUUUGUGUUACUUCCUAGGGAGAAAGAAUUUACAGUCGUUGACCGGAGAGUUGAAGCACCACAAUUUCCGGAUAUUGUUUGAGAGAUCUAUGGCGGGAACCAUUCAAUCCCUUAUUUUGACGCCUCUUGCCGCCGUCAACACGCCGUUUCCUCGCCGGAACCGUCCUUAUCGUUCCAUUUCAACACUCAUCAGAUCCUGUAAACCGUCCGACGAGAUUCAUGGUUCAGAUUUAGCUAAUGGAUUAAAUUGGACAAAGCCUUUGAUAAAUUUUACUUCCAAUAAUUUCCUUCCCCUAGCACUUACUAGUGGAGUAGCAUUUGGACUUGCAAAUCCUACCCUUGGCUGUCUUGCCGAUAAAUAUCAUUUGUCAAAAUUUAGCACAUUUGGUAUAUUUGUUGUUUCAGGUUUGACUCUACGCAGUGAUGCAAUUGGUGCUGCUGCCAAAGCAUGGCACGUAGGACUUUUUGGGCUAUGCUCCAUCCUAUUGUUUACUCCAUACUUUUCAAGGCUUAUACUGCUUAUUCCGCUUCAACCUCAGGAGUUUGUAACAGGACUUGCUAUAUUUACCUGUAUGCCAACAACAUUAUCAAGCGGAGUUGCACUUACCCAGCUUGCUGGAGGGAACACGGCAAUCGCUCUUGCAAUGACAGUGGUAUCUAAUAUGUUGGGAAUCUUGAUUAUUCCAUUUUCCAUCUCAAUAUUCAUAGCUGAUGGAGUUGGUGUGCAUGUUCCUACUACAGAACUGCUUAGAAGUCUUCUUCUCACACUUUUGCUUCCUCUGAUCUUGGGGAAGGUUUUAAGAGAAUCUUUCAGAGGGUUGGCAAACUAUGUUGACCAUAAUCGUAAACUUUUUUCGAAGAUCAGUGCAGUAUUCCUAAGCUUAGUGCCUUGGAUGCAAGUGAGCAGGUCAAGGUCACUACUACUGAUGGUUAAACCUGCAGCUUUUGUUGUAGCUAUUGGGAUGGGAACGCUUUUACACCUCGUUUUGUUAGCUUUUAACACACUCGCUAUAAGGAGCCUGUCAGCUGUCUCUGGUGGUGAUAAAUCAAUUUUUUCCGAGAAAGAAAAUGCCAUAGCCACGUUGCUUGUUGCAAGCCAGAAAACUUUGCCUGUAAUGGUGGCAGUUGUGGAGCAGCUUGGUGGUGCAUUUGGUGAAUCUGGUUUACUGGUUCUACCAUGUGUUGCUGCUCGUUUAAUUCAGAUUAUCUUAGAUUCCUUCCUUGUUAACUUCUGGCUUCGAAGGGAUCUCUCAUCAAACACCGCCAAGGUAGCCUGAGCGGUAACACGCUUCAUGAUCCCCGGUAGACAAUUCUUUUAUGCUUCCAAACAGUUCAAAAAAAUGAUUGAAUCUUCUUGAAUAAUUAGAAAAUUUCUUUUA